UCCAGCGCGGUGGAAAAAGUUUCGUUUGGAGAUGAAGCGGACCGCGAGUCGGUGAUGUUUGCGCGAUUAAACGCGAUAUUCGAUAGGAAAAACACCUCAAACUGACUCGGACUCGACAAGUUUUCGCUCUUUUCUAUACUCGUGUGGAAUUAAACACUAAGGGUCGAGUUUGUGUGGAGUUUUGUUCGGGGUGAAGAUGUCGCAGCCCGCUCGCGCUGUGAGCCUUGCGCUGUUUUCUAUUCUCUGUUGUUGCGGAUUUAAAGUCAUUCAUGGACACUCGGAACCGGACUCGUGUCCGUCUAUAUGCUCGUGUACGGGAACUUUGGCGGACUGUAGUCGUUUAAAACACGGCAGGAGUGUGGAGCGACUCCCCGCGUGGAUCACGCGUCUGGACCUGAGCCACAACAAGUUACGUGUGUUUCCUGAAGCCCUUUUCACCAGUCUGACGCACCUCAGUGAAAUAAAACUGAACAAUAAUGAGUUUGAGUCGAUACCAGAUUUGGGUUCAAACGCAGGAAACCUGAGCAGUCUGAUUCUAGCAAACAACAAAAUCUCAAGGAUAUCAUCUGAACAUCUCAGUUCACUGACUGCCCUGGAAACACUGGACCUUAACAACAAUAAUAUAAUAGAAGUGCGACCCGGGUCUUUUCCUCCACUUCCUCUCAAAAACCUGUUCCUGAACUAUAACCGAAUAUCUGUUCUGGAGCACGGGUGUUUCAGUAAUCUGUCCACAUCACUGCUGGUGUUACAACUCAACAAAAACCGUCUGAACUCCAUACCGGCCAAAAUCUUUCAGCUUCCCCACCUGCAGCACCUUGAGCUGAGCAGGAACCGUGUACGACGCAUCGAGGGUUUGACGUUUCAGGGGCUUCACAACCUGAGCUCGCUGAAGAUCCAGAAGAACGGCAUCACUCGACUCAUGGACGGAGCUUUCUGGGGUCUCAGUAACAUGACAGUGCUGCAUCUGGAGUUUAAUAAUUUGACAGAGGUCAAUAAGAGAUGGCUUUAUGGUCUCCUUGCACUACAGCAGCUCCAUCUCUCACACAACACCAUCAGUCGUAUUAAACCCGACUCAUGGGAGUCCUGCCAGAAACUCGCCCAGCUGGAUCUGAGCUGGAAUGAGUUGAGCCGUCUGGAUGAGGGCAGUUUUAUGGGUCUCAGUGUUCUGGAACAGCUAAGCGCUGGAAACAAUCAUAUCAGCUUCAUCGCAGACGGGGCGUUCAGAGGUCUGACCAGCCUACAAACACUAGACCUGAAGAGUAAUGAGAUCUCGUGGACUAUUGAGGACAUGAAUGGACCGUUCUCUGCUCUGGACAAGUUGAGAAAACUGUUCCUCCAAGGGAAUCAGAUCCGAUCUGUCACCAGGAAAUCCUUCACAGGACUGAACCUGCUGGAGCUACUGGAUUUGAGCAACAAUGCCAUCAUGUCACUACAAGCUAACGCUUUCUCUCAGAUGAGUCGGCUCUCAGAACUGCACCUGAACACAUCCAGCCUGUUGUGUGACUGCCAGCUAAAGUGGUUUUCUCUGUGGGUGGCCGAACAUUCGUUUCUUCCGCUGGUGAACGCCAGCUGUGCCCAUCCGCUUACACUGAAGGGCAAAAGCGUCUUCACUGUCGGUCAGGAUGAGUUUGUUUGCGAUGAUUUGCCCAAACCUCAGAUAAUCAUCCAGCCGGAGACGCAGUCGGCCAUCAAAGGCACCAACGUGACGUUCGUUUGCUCGGCCGCCAGCUCCAGCGACUCGCCCAUGACUUUUGCAUGGAAGAAGGACAACGAGAUUGUGAAUGACGCAGAGAUCCAUAACCAGGCUCAUGUUAGACCUCAGACUGGAGAGCUGAGCGAGGUGACUGAAUACACCACCAUGCUGCAGCUCAGAGCCGUCGAGUUCUCUAGCGAGGGCAAAUACCAGUGCGUCAUCUCCAACCAAUUUGGAUCAUCAUACUCGACCAAAGCCAAACUGACCGUCAACAUGCUGCCAUACUUUACGAAAAUGCCGAUGGAUUUGACGAUUCGUGCUGGGGCCAUGGCCCGCCUGGAGUGUGCUGCUAGUGGACAUCCAUCACCUCAGAUUGCCUGGCAGAAAGAUGGAGGAACCGAUUUCCCAGCCGCCCGUGAGCGACGUAUGCACGUCAUGCCGAAAGACGACGUGUUCUUCAUCGUGGAUGUAAAGACAGAAGACAUCGGCGUGUACAGUUGUACGGCACAGAACGCAGCUGGGGCCAUUUCUGCUAAUGCUACGCUAACUGUUCUGGAAACACCAUCAUUCCUGAGACCUCUGAUGGAUCGUACCGUGGUAAAGGGUGAGACGGCAGUGCUGCAGUGUAUCGCAGGUGGGAGUCCUCCUCCACGACUUAACUGGACCAAAGACGACAGCCCUCUUCUCGUCACAGAGCGACACUUCUUUGCUGCCGGAAACCAGCUGCUUAUCCUCGUAGACGCGGCAGAGGCCGACGCAGGAACCUACACGUGCGAGAUGUCCAACGCGCUGGGCACCGAGCGAGGAAACGUACGACUGGCCGUCCUCCCCAACCCGAACUGUGAGUCGGGCGCAGCUGGCGGGGGAGCGCUGGGCUCCAGAUCGCCCGGAGGGAUGGAGGACGACGGCUGGACCACAGUGGGAAUCGUGAUCAUCGCUGUGGUCUGCUGCGUGGUGGGCACAUCUCUGGUGUGGGUGGUGAUCAUAUAUCACACACGUAGACGAAACGAGGACUGCAGCGUCACCAACACGGAUGAGACGAAUCUGCCCGCAGACAUCCCCAGCUAUCUGUCUUCACAAGGGACAUUAGCAGAGCGUCAGGACAGUUAUGUCCCAUCAGACAACAGUAGCGCUCAUCAAUACAUCAGCACUUCAGUCGGAGGAUUUUACAUUCCACCCAAAGAUUUAAACAGUCUCUGUCAGUUGGACACAGGAAGUGAAGGCGAUAUGGAGGCAGCGAUUGACCCACUGCUGUGUCAGUAUCAGGGGCUGCGACGAGGAAACCAAUAUAGCCCAGACAUGCCUGAGUCUUACAACGAUCAGUCGCUGGUCUCUAGAGACUCGUACAGCAGCUAUAGGAUGAGAGAUUUCUAUACCUGCGGCUCCUCGCUUCCCAGCGAACCCUUCGAUCAUGUGAUGCAGCUCUCGGCCGCUGGGCAGAUGGAUCGCUCAUGUGUGGAGGACUGCGAGCAUGGGUUUGAUCUGACCAGAAGCUGCUCUGGAUCUUACAUGGGCACAUUUGGUAAAGCCCCAUGGAGACCCCAGCAGGAGCUCUGCUCUUAUAACAGAGUUGAUCUUCAUGAGAAUCCAUACACAGCCUCUGAUCCUGAGGAGGAACACACGGGUCACACGCUUACCCACAAUACUACAACAGACCCACACGCUAGUUUGUACGAACAGCCCUUUGAUGACAGGACUAUAGAGAGUUUUCCCACUCAUCAGGCGAGCUCUUAGCGGCGCAUGGGCCACAUUCACGUGACUUUGCAGAACCAAAGCCAGAAACCUUCUACCUCUAAGUGUGAAUGUAAACGCAGGAAAAACACAGAGACUGAUCGAGAGAAAUGCUACAUUUGUACAAAGAAAUAGAAAAUAUACAUUUUAUACAAGACAAUUAUAUUUUGUAAAUUAUUCAUGUAAAUAUGAUCCAUUUAUUUUUCCUACUUUCUUCCUUAAAUGUAAACGUGUUGUGUGCAGACUGUGGUGGUAUGCGAAUGCUUAAAAUGAUUUCGAUUUUCACAACAUUAUCAGUUUGGAAUAUUAACUGAAGGCUAGUUAACUUGGUUAACUAAAGACUGGUUAAGUUCAUUCCAGGCUAACUGAUGGGUCUCUGUCCUGUUACUGUGUUUCCUUGGAUUUGUUUUGUGCUUUGAAUAAAGCCACUGUUUGCACAGACUAUUAAACACAUUGUGAUGUGCUGUU